AGUCCGUCCCACUUUUAAACGUCACUGUGGUCAGCGCGGGAGAUGUGAGCAAGUGUGUGGCGCUGAAUAUUGAGAAUAACCGCCAAACUAAAGCUCAGACAUUUUCUGUCCUGUUUCUGAUUGUCCUCCUGAGAGCAUCAUGCCGUGUGAAAGGAAGCCCAUGCGUUACGGUCACUCAGAAGGACACACUGAUGUCUGCUUUGAUGAUAAGGGAAAGUGUAUAGUGACCUGUGGGAGUGACGGUGAUGUCCGCAUAUGGGAAAGUCUAGAUGAUGACGAUCCCAAGUCCAUAAAUGUUGGGGAGAAGGUCUAUUCUGUAGCAUUGAAGAAUGGAAAGUUAGUUACAGCAGUUUCCAACAACACAGUUCAGAUUCACACUUUCCCAGAGGGAGAUCCAGAUGGCAUUCUCACUCGAUUCACCACCAACGCAAACCACGUCACCUUCAACAGCAGCGGGUCAAGAGUGGCUGCAGGCUCAAGUGACUUUAUUGUGAAGAUAGUGGAGGUGGUGGACAGCAGUCAGCAGAAGACCCUUCGUGGACAUGACGCUCCCGUCCUCAGUGUGGCUCUUGACACUUCUGAUGAGUUCCUUGCUUCCUCCAGCUGUGAUGGAUCAGUUACUGUGUGGUCUAUUGAGUCACAGACUCAAGUAGCUCAAUGGAAAAUUCUCCAGAAGUCGAGUGAUGUGAGCAAUGCCAAAUCUCUCUGUAGGCUUGCAUGGCAGCCUCAUUCUGGAAAGCUGCUUGCCGUACCGGUGGACUUGACCGUUCAAUUGUAUGACAGAAACACAUGGACUCAUGUCAGCACGCUCUGUGAUGACCUCAUCACACAGGUUGUUAAUGUUGUGGUCUGGUCGCCGUGUGGGAAGUUUCUGGCUGCAGGAACAGUUGGUGGAAACCUGUUGAUUUGGGAUGUAGAGGCCAAACUGUGUAUCGAGAGACAGAAACAUGAGAAAGGGUUCACUGUGUGUGGUAUGGCGUGGCAUCCCUCAGGGGGCCGGAUCGCUUACACUGACACCGAGGGCUGCCUCGGGCUCCUGGAAGGCGUGUCAUCCUCGUCACCACCCUCUUCUUCUACUGUUCAAAGCACCAAGGCCACUGCCGCUAAAGAAAAAAAUGACUAUGAUGACCUGUUUGAUGAGGAUGAUGACCGGAUGCUAGAUGAGGGCAUGAGUGACUCGCGGUCUCCGGUGAAGAAACCCAUCAUGGAGGAGGAUGAUGACGACGAUGACCUCAUGCCUGCCACGGGCAAACCACGGAACAGAGGGUCCUUCCUGGAUGACGAUGACAAUUCUCAAGAUCCAGGCUCUGUAAAACUGGAUGGAGUUCCAGAGGAGGAUGGCAGCAGUGCUAUUCUUCCUGCUGUGGGUCCUGCAGUGUCCCGUCCCGUAUACGAGGGUCCCAUGCCCACACAACCCCAAAGGGCUUUCCAGGCAGGAUCCACCCCAGUGCACCUCAUGCAUCGCUUUAUGGUGUGGAACUCUGUGGGUAUCGUCCGUGGCUAUAACGAUGAUCAGGACAACGCCAUUGAUGUGGAGUUUCACGAUACCGCCAUCCAUCAUGCCAUGCACCUCACAAACACCCUGGGCCACACCAUGGCUGAUCUAUCCCAGGAGGCCGUGCUGCUGGCCUGUGAGGGAACUGAUGAGCUUGCCAGUAAGAUCCAGUGUUUGCAUUUCUCAUGCUGGGACACUCAUAAGGACUGGAUAGUGGAUCUUCCUAAAGGAGAGGACGUUUGUGCGUUGUGUUUGGGUCAGGGCUGGGCUGCAGUGGCCACAAGUGCUCUGAUGGUCAGGCUGUUCUCUAUUGGUGGAGUGCAGAAGGAGAUCUUCAGCCUGCCUGGAGCUGUUGUCUGCAUGGCAGGACACGGAGAGCAGCUCCUCAUCAUGUAUCACAGAGGUACUGGGUUUGAUGGAGAUCAGGCCCUUGGCGUACAGCUGCUCCAGCUUGGGAGCAAGAGAAGACAGGUCAUACAUGGAGAACCAUUGCCUCUCUCACGGAAGUCCUACCUGGCAUGGAUGGGCUUCACUGCAGAGGGAACCCCAUGCUGUAUUGACUCGGAGGGUGUUGUACGUAUGCUGAACCGGACCGUGGGGAACACGUGGACUCCUGUCUGUAACACCAGAGACAGCUGCAAGAGCAAAUCAGACCAUUACUGGGUUGUUGGGGUUCAUGAGAAUCCACAGCAGCUCAGGUGUAUCCCAUGUAAAGGGUCACGUUUCCCACCCACCCUACCUCGCCCUGCUGUGGCCGUCCUGCCCUUUAACCUGCCUUAUUGCCAGACCACCACAGAGAAAGGCCAAAUGGAGGAGCAAUACUGGCGGUCCAUGCUUUUUCAUAACCACUAUAGCUUUCUGUCAUCCAGUGGUUAUGAAAUUGACAGCGAGGGUCAGUCUCAGGCUGAGAAAGAGCAGCAGGAACUGCUAAUGAAGAUGUUCGCUCUGUCGUGUAAACUGGAGCGAGAGUUCCGGUGCGUGGAGCUGGCUGAAAUGAUGACUCACAGCGUUGUGACGCUCGCCAUCCGUUACGCGUCUCGUUCCAGACUUUUCAAAGACAAAGAAAUGGAUGUUAUCAAGCAAGGCAUGGGGCGUUUCCGCACUCUUUCAGCAGAGGAAAGACUGAACUGGACAGAGAGAGCAAAGGGCGACUCUGACCCCAAGAAACGAAAGCGUGAAGAUGAAGGACAAGCAAUCAUGGAGCGCUCCAAACAGAAACAAAUGAAUCAAAAUGAAAAUGAAGCAGACUCCGCGAUUAAUGGAAAGUUUGACGGACGGGUGAAGAUUCCCGGAUGGAGCGCCGGUGGUGCCGCCGGGACCCCGAGCACCGCGCCGUCCUCCAGCGUGAUGGAGAGCUGGCGGGAAGAACGCACUCGCAGUCUGGAAGACAAUGAAAUGAGCCUGCCGAGCAUCGCCGCGGCUUACACCACUAUUCUCCGGGGGCUCGGGGAAGAUCCGCAGCGGCAGGGGCUCCUCAAAACUCCGUGGAGAGCCGCCACCGCCAUGCAGUUCUUCACCAAGGGUUAUCAGGAAAAAAUCAUCGAAUUGUGCUUGUGUGUCACAGUGAGCAGAGAAGUACGUGUGAACCCUUUUAAGGUGUCCGGUGCAGGAAAGCCGUCAAGUUCAUCAGCUGGGCAGCCCAGAACAACUAGCGUUUUAGACAGCAUGACAAUGUCCAGCAGAAAACCCACACCUCUCGGUGGCACAUCAAAACAGGGCAAAGCCCCAGUCCUGAAGCCUCUGGCACCCAAACCCAAGUCUAAGACCCAGGCCACUCUGCUGCAGAUGAGUGCCUCUAAAGGAAACAGUAAGAAACUGGUGGACAGUCAAACGGAAGCAGAGAAAGUGAAAGCAGCCCCUGCAGCUACACCUCCCGCAUCAGUGGAGAAUAUUGAAAACAGAAAGCCGAAAACUGGCUUUCAGCUGUGGCUUGAGGAUAAUAGAAAGAGCAUUCUCGCUGACAAUCCUGACUUUGAAGAAAUGGAUGUUAUCAAGCAAGGCAUGGGGCGUUUCCGCACUCUCUCAGCAGAGGAAAGACUGAACUGGACAGAGAGAGCAAAGGGCGACUCUGACCCCAAGAAACGAAAGCGUGAAGAUGAAGGACAAGUAAAUGACCAAAUGGAGUCGGAUGAGGGCAGCGCCAAAAAGAAAAAGCCACUGGAUACUUCGGCUAAACUUUCUGCGUUUGCAUUUAACAAAGAAUAGUACUUGACAUAAAUUAGUUUCAUGCUUAUGUAAUUUUUACAUUUUAUUUGAAUAUUGAUUGGGGGAAACAUUUUUUAAGUUUUCUCUUUUUCCAUUAUUUACUGUAAUUCUCUGACCUCUCCUUCUGGCUGCUCAUUUGUGAUCCACUCAUUCUCCAUAAAUUUUCUCAAGUUUGAGCUCUUUUGAAAGCCCUGCUUCUCUUCAUUAGCAUUCGAAAUGAAUGCAAGUCUCUUUAAGCAAUUUGCAAUGUGGCAAGAUGGUUAAUAAAAAGGUCUCUUAUUAUGCUUUGGAUGGUUUGCACAUAUUUUUUGUGUGGUUUUGUACUGUAUGUA